UGGUCGUGGAGGGGUCCCAUACAACAUAGCAGCCACCCAGCUCCGUCGCGUCUACCAGGAGCAGCUCCUUCCCCAUCCACGGUCAUUGUCGAACAUCAUUCGUGUGCCCAGAGACCAUCCUGAGCCCCCUACCUUGUCUGGGAGCUCCGGAAUGCCUCUCUGAGCAAUCCUACCGGAGUAAUUGGACCAGCACGUCCAGAAUCAGCCGCACCAUGGUCAUCUUCUCCACCUCCGACCACACACCUCCGCGCCUCGAUCUCCUGCUCCGGCGAACCUCUGCACCUCGCAUCUUGUCCCUGGGCUUCAACAUGUCCUCCUGAUGCCUCCGCCCCCAACGUCGACAAGCAGCGGAGCCCCGAGCCCUCUUCCCCGCCACGGCAUGCUCUGUCCUCUGCCGCCGCUGCCGAGACGCCGCUACAGUCCACCUCAUCGCAUCCUAGCACGCUUACGUGCUCAAGGUGAGGCCCUCGCCCCUUCCUCACGCGGCCAAAGCUUGGCUCGACCAGCACCUUGUCUGCGUCGUUGCGUAUGCUAGCUCAGGAAAGGCGGUCACCGUCUUGGAUUGAGGACAGGAAGAGCUGUGCGAGCUCGCAGCCGGGAUGGAGGCGUCUGGCCCGCCGUUCCUCUGGUCACUGCUCCGGCUUGCCCAUGGCGUGAUUCACCUUCUGAAGCGACCAGAGGAAGAACGCACUGACGGUGCUGGAUGGAAUACCCCAUAGAAGAAAUGUUGCGAAGAAGAUGACCGUCUAGUCAUUGACAGGUGAGGCCCGCGUCUCAUUUGCCACAUCGGUCAGUCAAAGUUUUUGGUCUUCGCCUCAUCAGCCUUACAGAUGGGCCCAACUGAUCAGGAAUAUCACUCGUUCACUUUCUCCGUUCUGCCGUUCACAGCUUCAUUUAACUACUGAAGUGGUUAUUCCGGACUCCGGGUUAUUCCUACUUUAUCAUCUGAUGACCCAAACACCUCAUUUCCCUUGUAUUCCAAAGGAGACAAAACGAAGGAAAGAUGAGAGGAGCAGCAUCAACCAGCCGAUGAAAAGGAAAAAAGGAAAACGAAAUAAGAGCAGCCUAUGUGACCUGUAGGACGGCACCGAAGGCCUCAGUCCCAACCACCGCCACCUUCCUCAAUCCCAAAAAUUCGUUGCUUUCCAGACAAGCACGCACAGGUCAAUUUCUUCGAGAAUUUCAGACUUUCAGCAGCAUCAGAUCGAGUACCCCCUCUCACUCUCAGCAGCGGGCAAGGUAGCAUAACAGCUGGUGGAAGCAUCUCAUCUCAUCUCAUGAUCGAUCCCCUUCUCCACCCUCCCUCCCCCACUUUCACAUUCCCCAACACCUGUAAAGCAGCAGAGCACCAAGCUGCAAGCAGAGACUGUCACAGACAGGAUAGCCACUCAUCUCCUGCCUUCGCUUCUCUCAUCUCCCUCGCCACAAUUCGUCGGACCAGAAACUCAUGCAGAUCCUCUCCCUGCUCUGCCGGUUCUAGAACUUGGCAGGCUCACGAUGCUCUGACGGGACAGAGAUUUGCUCGUCUCAUCUCAUCUCUGUUCCCUGCGAUUCUUCUCCGUCUUCUUGGUCGUCCGGUCAUCUACUGAGCUUCUGUCUUCCAUGGCCGCAAUGUUCAAUCCUCCUCCGGCUCCAAUGGCUCUUGGGCCGCAGCCGACGUGGAUGCCCUACGAGCCGACGAGGGAUUGCUCCCAGGGCCUGUGCAGCAUGUACUGCCCGCAGUGGUGCUACUUCAUCUUCCCGCCCCCGCCGCCGGUUUUCGAUAUCGCCGGGCCCAGCGGCGACGGCGACGGCGACGACUCCUCCGGCCCCGCCUUCUCGCCCCUCGUCAUCGCCAUCAUCGGGGUGCUCGCCAGCGCCUUCCUCCUCGUCAGUUACUACACCAUCAUCUCCAAGUACUGCGGCACCUUCAGUUCCCUGCGGAACAGGCUCUUUGGCUCCGGCGCCGGCCGCGGCGGCGGCGGGGGCGGUGGGGACGGCCGGGGCGAUUCCAGGAGCCAGGAGGAGUGGGAGGUCUCGCCCUCGGACGGGAUGGACGAGACGCUGAUCAGCAAGAUCACCGUGUGCAAGUACAAGCGCGGCGACGGGUUCGUCGACUCCACCGACUGCUCCGUCUGCCUGGGCGAGUUCCAGGACGGCGAGAGCCUGCGGCUGCUGCCCAAGUGCAGCCACGCCUUCCACUUGCCAUGCAUCGACACCUGGCUCAAGUCGCACUCCAAUUGCCCGCUCUGCCGCUGCAACAUCGCAUUCGUCGCCGUCGGCAUGGUUUCGCCGGAGCCGGAGGGCCGUGCUGCGCCACUGGAGGACCGGAGGGGCAGCCACGAAUUCGCUCUGACGAUCGACGACUACUCCUCCGGGCAAGUGCGCGAAGAGCCACAGACCGUGCCGAGCAGCAACGGCGGCGGCAAUCAGGAGGCGAAGGAUCGUCCGGGGAGAUCCGAGGCAGCCAAUGGCGCAGUGGUCGAGAUCAGAGAGGACGGCGCCGUCCCGCCGGUCCCGGCCAGUGCGCCGCCUCCGAUGCCGGACACGCAGUGUGAAGCCCGCAUGUCCAUUGCCGACGUGUUGCAGGCCAGCCCAGAAGACGAGCGUACGGUGGGCAGGGAGGGCGGCCUCCUGCAGGCAGGCUCCUCGAGGCGGUGCCACGGGGAGCACAGCAAGGAUGGCGGCGGCCGAGCACCGCCGGAUGCACCGACGAAGAAGCUGCCGCCGGCUGGCAGGUCGUGCUUCAGCGGCAAGGGUGGCGGCAGAGGGAAGGAUUCAGGCCCUCCAGUGUAAUUUGAGGCGAUGAUGUUUCAGACAUUCUUCUUCUUCUUGCAUUAACCAUUAGAACA